GGCGGGCCGCGCUCUCCGCCCUGCCCACGGCCCGGGUGGGGCGCGCACGGCGGGGCCGGUGUCCCUCAGGCAGCGCGGCGGGCUCCCCGGCGGGGCGGGGCUGGGGCAGCGGGAGGCCCCGCGGUGACGGCGGCGGGAGGUGCGCCCCUCAGCAGUGAUUUUUAAGGACUUGGAAGCAGCCGCACGUUUGAGUGCGGGCAGGCGUUCCCGAGGUGAUGCCCAAAGUGAAGCGGAGCAGGAAGCCUCCCCCGGACGGGUGGGAGCUGAUUGAGCCAACACUGGAUGAGCUGGAUCAGAAGAUGAGAGAAGCGGAGACUGAGCCUCAUGAAGGGAAGAGGAAAGUGGAAUCCCUUUGGCCAAUCUUCAGGAUUCAUCACCAGAAAACACGUUACAUCUUUGAUCUCUUCUAUAAAAGAAAAGCUAUUAGCAGAGAGCUCUACGAAUACUGCAUCAAGGAAGGAUACGCUGACAAAAACCUGAUUGCAAAGUGGAAGAAACAGGGUUAUGAGAACCUCUGCUGCCUGCGAUGUAUCCAGACGCGGGACACCAACUUUGGAACCAACUGCAUCUGCAGGGUCCCCAAAAGCAAGCUGGAAGUGGGGAGAAUCAUUGAAUGCACUCACUGCGGAUGCAGAGGCUGUUCUGGGUGAAGCCUUUAGCCAUAAGACUACUUUUUGAACUCUGAGGGGUAUCAUCCUACAUAAUGGACUAUUAGUGCAGUUACAGCCACCUUCUGUGUGAUUGGGUAUUUCUGUAAUGCAAUUAAAACAGCAACACGUUUAUCUGGAUCAUACAAUGGUGGUUGUUUCUGAGUUGGGUUUGUGUAGUCGUUUAUUUUGAAAUAAAGCCUGCCUUCCUGAGA